UACUCCAUUUUUCUCUCGGCCGGAGCGAGGCACUCUGAGCGGGAGUUCUGUCAGGCUGCGCGGCGCUUUAUACACAGCUUCGAGAGAAUUUCUAAAUAUAUCCCGUUUCGUUUAUUUUUGUUUUACUAUUUCGUACAGAAAUAACGAGAAGUCUUUUUUUUGUUGUUGUUGUUGAGAUGGUAGAUUAUCACGCAGCGAAUAAUCCAGGCCAGUACUCCGGGCAGCAGAGCUACAUGGAGCAGGAGAACGAUUGGGACCGAGACCUGCUGCUCGACCCGGCCUGGGAGAAGCAGCAGAGGAAGACAUUCACGGCAUGGUGUAACUCUCACCUGCGUAAAGCUGGUACUCAGAUCGAGAACAUCGAGGAGGACUUCAGAGACGGCCUGAAGCUCAUGCUGCUGCUUGAGGUCAUCUCAGGUGAGAGGUUACCCAAACCUGAGCGAGGGAAGAUGAGAGUGCACAAGAUCAACAACGUAAACAAAGCACUCGACUUCAUCGCCAGCAAAGGAGUCAAACUGGUGUCUAUUGGAGCUGAGGAAAUUGUUGAUGGUAAUGUGAAGAUGACCCUUGGUAUGAUCUGGACCAUCAUCCUCCGCUUUGCCAUCCAGGACAUCUCAGUGGAGGAGACUUCAGCUAAAGAGGGGUUGUUGUUGUGGUGUCAGAGGAAAACGGCUCCAUACAAAAACGUCAAUGUGCAGAACUUCCACAUCAGCUGGAAGGAUGGUUUGGCCUUUAAUGCUCUGAUUCACAGACACAGACCUGAGCUGAUCAAUUAUGACAAACUCCGCAAGGAUGAUCCUGUUACCAAUCUGAACAACGCCUUUGAAGUGGCUGAAAAAUAUCUGGACAUUCCCAAAAUGUUGGAUGCAGAGGAUAUCGUUGGUACUCUCAGGCCGGAUGAGAAGGCUAUAAUGACGUACGUCUCCUGCUUCUAUCAUGCCUUCUCUGGUGCUCAGAAGGCCGAGACAGCAGCUAACCGCAUCUGUAAAGUUCUCGCUGUCAAUCAGGAGAAUGAACACCUGAUGGAGGACUACGAGAAACUCGCCAGUGAUUUGUUGGAGUGGAUCAGGAGAACAAUCCCAUGGCUGGAGAACAGAGCUCCAGAGAAGACAAUGGUUGAGAUGCAGCAGAAGCUGGAGGACUUCAGAGAUUAUCGUCGAGUUCAUAAACCUCCUAAAGUCCAGGAGAAAUGUCAGCUGGAGAUCAACUUCAACACGCUGCAGACCAAACUGAGGCUCAGCAACCGGCCGGCGUUCAUGCCCUCUGAGGGCCGCAUGGUGUCCGACAUUAACGGAGCUUGGCAUAAUCUGGAGGGGGCGGAGAAAGGCUAUGAGGAGUGGCUACUAAAUGAAAUUCGUCGACUGGAGAGACUUGAUCACCUUGCCGAGAAAUUUCGCCAGAAAGCAGCUAUACAUGAGAGCUGGACUGAUGGUAAGGAGACCAUGUUGAAUCAGAAGGACUACGAGAGAGCAUCUCUGUCUGAGAUUAAAGCUCUGCUGAAGAAACAUGAGGCAUUUGAGAGUGACCUUGCUGCUCACCAGGACCGUGUGGAGCAGAUCGCUGCCAUCGCACAGGAACUCAAUGAGCUGGACUACUAUGACUCUCCGAGUGUGAACGCUCGCUGUCAGAAAAUCUGUGAGCAGUGGGACGUGCUGGGAGCGCUCACACAGAACCGCAGAGAGUCACUUGAGAGGACAGAGAAACAGCUGGAGUCAAUUGAUGAGCUGUAUCUGGAGUAUGCAAAACGAGCAGCUCCAUUUAAUAACUGGAUGGAGGGAGCGAUGGAGGACCUGCAGGACAUGUUCAUAGUGCAUAACAUUGAGGAGAUACAGGGUCUGAUCACAGCCCAUGAGCAGUUUAAGGCGACUCUCCCAGAGGCCAAUAAGGAGCGGGAGGCCAUUCAGGCAAUUCAGGCAGAGGUGCAGAAGAUUGCACAGUAUAACGGCAUCAAGCUCAGCGGCACCAACCCCUACACCACCAUCACGCCCAGCAGCAUCGACAGCAAGUGGGACAAGGUGCAGCAGCUGGUACCUCAGCGUGAUGAAGCUCUGCAGGACGAGCUCGGACGUCAAAAGUCUAACGAUCAUCUGAGACGCCAGUUUGCCAACCAGGCUAAUAUGGUGGGACCUUGGAUCCAGAACAAGAUGGAGGAAAUUGGACGGAUAUCGAUCGAGAUGAACGGCACUCUGGAGGAUCAGCUAACUCAUCUGCGUCAGUACGAACAAAGCAUCAUCGAGUACAAGCCCAACAUCGAACAGCUGGAAGGAAAUCAUCAGCUCAUCCAGGAGGCACUCAUCUUUGACAACAAGUACACUGCUUACACCAUGGAGCACCUGCGAGUGGGAUGGGAGCAGCUCCUCACCACCAUCGCUCGCACCAUUAAUGAGAUUGAGAACCAGAUUCUGACCCGUGACGCCAAAGGAAUCAGUCAGGAGCAGCUUCAUGAGUACAGAGCCUCCUUCAACCACUUUGACAAGGACCACAGCGGCGCUUUAAUGGCCGAGGAGUUCAAAGCGUGUUUGAUCAGUCUCGGUUACGACGUGGAGAACGACAAACAGGGCGAUGCAGAGUUUGCCCGCAUUAUGGGCAUUGUUGACCCCAACAACACUGGGGCUGUGACCUUCCAGGCCUUCAUUGACUUCAUGUCCCGGGAAACGACAGACACGGACACAGCUGACCAGGUCAUCGCCUCCUUCAAGAUCCUCGCUGGAGACAAGAACUACAUCACUGCGGAGGAGCUGAGGCGUGAGCUGCCCCCUGAUCAGGCCGAGUACUGUAUCUCUCGCAUGGCGCCCUACAGAGGGAGUGACGCUGUGCCCGGCGCUCUUGACUACAUGUCCUUCUCCACUGCUCUUUACGGAGAGAGUGACCUCUAAAAGGGCCCUAGAUCUGGCACAUCUCCACCUUUCCACUCCUGCAUCUCCAUUUCCUGUCCUCCAUCUCUCCUCCUCCAUGGAGGGGUGGAGUUUCAUGGGACUUAAAGCACAUCUGGGGGGGGGGGGUGUCUUCUGUCUGUCUGUGUGUGUGUGUGUGUGUGUGUGGAGAGAGAGACAAGAAGUGAUGGUGGUUUUGUAGAGAGAGAGAGACUGCUUCGUCCCAGUUCUUAGAAACAUUGCUCAAUUCUUCUUUGUCCUCUUUCAGCUGAAUGGAUAUAAUUAUUUCCUUUAUAAUUUAGUAUUAAUUAGUUUUGAGAUUUCUCACCAGCAGGAGUGAGUUUGUGUGUGUGUGUGUGUGUGUGUGUGUGUGUGUAGUAAAUUGGGUCAGUAAUUAAUUAAAAAUUUAAAAUAGUUGAUUAGUGUGAAAGUUGGUGCUGUAGCGAAAUUUGGGUUUCAGCCUUCUUCUGAACACACACACACACACACACACACACACACACACACAGUGCGGAUGUUUCCCAUUUACAUGCUGAUGUUUUGUUAUGGUCCAGAUGUGGGCGGGGCUUAGCGAUGGUUUGACCCGUAGACCAGUACGAGAAAAGAAAAUGGUUAUGGGCGGAUUGAGAGACAGGAAAUAAUGGAUAAGAGUGAAGAAGUGGGGUGUGUUUGUGAGAGAGAGAGAGAGAGAGAGAGAGCGCUCAACUCUGUUUUCUGUUAUUGUGUUGAUUUCCUUGCUGCAGUGUGAGUUGUGGGUUUUUCUGUGCUGUACAUACUCAUUGUGUUCACACACACACACACACACACACACUGUAAUAAACCAUGAUACAGCAGCUUUACAGAUUACAUCAUAAAAUAAAAUAAACAUUGCGCUUGGCCAGGCAUGUGCCGAUCCAUGGUAAUCUUUCAUAUCAUGAUAUUUGUACAUUUUUAUCACAGUUUCUGUCGAUAUGGUAAGUUUGUAUUUAAAGAGAAAAAAAAGUUAUAUUCUUAAAAAAAUUCUCAUUCACCCGGUUGUUCACAUUCGUGUAGCGUCCAGACUGCUGGGGCCGAUUCACUAAAGACCAUCUGCUUUAAAUGCGUCAUAAUAAGGGACAGACUUCAUCCUCUGAGCAUGCUCACUACUUAGGCAGACUCCUGAGUCUCCUUUGUUUAGGAAUAGACUGCCUAGGAAGUGAACAAGUGUUUUCAGGUUUGCUCACGAGGAGAAUCUUUUUAAAUCUGGAGAUAUUUCACAGCUGAUGAUCGGCACAUGCCUACGCUGUUAUCCUGUGCGUGCAGGCAUCGGGGGGCGGAGCUACGUGCGCUGAAUUAAUGCUAAAGCACAAGGCCCACGCGCACUUCUCUCGUUCACUCCUCCAGGACCGGGGCGUGGUCCUGACAUCCCGCUGUCUUGUAUAAAGAUUGGUUGAGGUUGUGUUGGGAGGGGUGGGGGGCAGGAGGUUUGUGGGGUGGAGUGGGUGGGGUCUUAAUGAACAUUCCAUUAUGUCUUAAUGAUAAAAUUAAAUUGCUGUCUAACGAUCUAUGCAAAUCAUCAUUAUUAAUAUCUACAGUGAUGGGGUGACUAUAACUGUACUGGUGAAAUAAACGGUGAAUAAACGCAAGUGACUGAG